GAUGUUCAACUCGACGCCGCGUGUUCGUCCGGAAUGAAGGGACAGGGACCGAAUGUCGCUUAUUUCAUGGGGGAGAAAAACAAUGGUUUUGACGUCCUUUACCAUAACAUGAAACAUGGGCAGAUCUCCGUCAAAGAGCUGGCUGACUUUGUGAGAGAAAGAGCACUGAUCGAGGAAUCAUACUCAAAAUCCAUGUCCAAGUUGUCCAAGAUGGUGACCAACAGUUCGCUGGGGACCUUCGCUCCAAUGUGGGAGGUGUUUCGGACCUCGGCUGAUAAAUUGGCACUUUGUCAUUUUGAGCUGGUGCGGAAACUCCAUGAUUUGAUCAAAGAAAUGAACCGCUUCAAUGAGGAGCAGAUCAAAAUGCACAGAAAGACGAAGGAGGAGGUGUCUGGGACACUGGAAGCUGUCCAGAAUGUACAGUCCAGUGUCCAACUCCUGCAGAAAUGCAAAGACAAUUAUCACAGCAAGUGGCUGGAGUGGGACAGGCUGAAAAAGGAUGGUGCUUCUCAGAAAGAGAUCGAUAAGGCUGAACUCAAAUCAAAGAAAGCCGCAGAGUCUUACAAGGCGAGCAUUGAGAAAUAUCGCACCGCCCGGUCUGACUACCAGCAGAAGAUGGCGGAGGCUGCACAGAAGUUCCAGCAAGUUGAAGAGAUUCACCUGAGACACAUGAAGGGUUUGAUCAAAUCAUACUCGCACUCCAUUGAAGACACACAUGUUCAGGUGGGCCAGGUUCAUGAAGAGUUCAAACAAAACGUGGAGAAUAUUCGGGUGCAGGACCUGAUCCAGAAAUACGCUCUGACCAAAGGGACUGGCAAGGAGAAGCCAGGUAAUGGGAGUGUAUUCCCAAAGGAGAGGCGGGUGACGGGGGUGUGUUUUCUACCCGGCCAGAAGGAAGGGCCCAUCGAGUUUGAGGAAUGUAACCCAGAGGUGGUGUUGGAAGCUGCAAAGAAAAGCAAAAGGAAAUCAUUUGUGAUCCCAGGACUCGGCAAGAGAGAGAAGGACACCGAUUCCACGGGCUCUCCAGAUGCUGACUCCAUUAAUUCUCCUGAGGUGGAUGAAGAAGGUUAUACCAUCCGACCCGACAUUGUCCAGAAUGAUGAGAGGGAGACCCAGCCCUGCUCCUCCAGUGAUUCUGACUUCGACGAUGACGAGCCCCGAAAAUUCCACAUCGAGAUCAAGCCGGUGACGGUCAAAGAAUGGACCCAUGACCCUGCAACAUCCGUGGAGCAGUUGAGGGCAUCGAUUGGGAAUAUCGUCCUCACUUCUAAUCCAAUUAUUCCAUCCAAACGAAAUUCCACAAGGCACUCGAUCCAAUUGGCUCCACUUUCAGUGGAAGGGAACUCUGAGGGAAUUCGCCCAAGGGAUGUUGAAGCAGCGACAUUCCGAUUCACCGCUCCAAGCUCAGAGCCCAGCAGAACCAUCGUCUCCCAGAAUGGUGUCGGCUUUCUGGAUCCACUCUUUGGGCCGUCCCUAGACUCCAUGUUUGAGAAGCCAGGACUUGCAGCCCAGUGUAACCAACUCAAUGUGAACCCUCUGUCUUUGAGCGCUCCGACUGGCUCCAGCGGACUCGAAAUUGUUGAAGAUUCGGGCCUUGAUUCUCCUUCCCUCCCAACCACUAAUGGUUCCUCACCAUCUCCUGAGUCCAGGCCUUGGACCCCCCAGACUGUUACACCUCCAGUCUCACUCCCACUCAGCAACUUCUCCCCAACCUGCAAUGAAACUUCCUUUCAUCCUGUUUGUAGCCUGAAAUCAAAUGAGGAAACCUCUACGGAUCUCCAGCUCAAUUCAGAUCAAGGCCAUGAUCCUCCUCUUGCAGAGAGAGAACAGUCUCCUGUGGACCCAUGCUCUGAAGCUGACCUUUCUACCCCAGCUCUCCAUGUGAUGGCUGCUACACCUGCUACAGGAAUUCCCAAUGUUCAAGCUGAGGCCUCAGUCAGAGAGCCGGCACCUGUUGCUCCUCCUCGCCGUCAUUCAAAAAAGAAACUUUUCCCCAUUCCGCUCGAAGGAAUGGAUGAAUCCAGGUCUGUCAGUCCAUCGACUGUGACAUCUCCGAGUUCUCCCCCUGCAGCUGCCCUGAGUCAGGUUGAUGAAGCAGCGACAACACAUUCCUGCCGAAAUCGAGCCUCCACUCCAGCCUCAUGUAUUUCCCGAGGACCGAGCCCAGUGACUGUAGGCAAUCACGAAGCCUUGCCCAUUGCAGCUGCAUUCACAGAAUGUAUCGAUGCAUACUUCAGGGGUGGAGACUUUGCAAACGUUAUUGUGAAGUUGACUGGAGAUGUCACCAUGUCCUUCCCAGCGGGAAUAGUUCGGAUCUUCAGUGGGAAUUCAUCCCCAGCUGUCAUCAGCUUCAGGCUUUUGAAUGCCAACCGGAUUACGCAGUUUCUGCCCAACUCUCAGCUACUGUACAGUGAUCUUUCACAGAGUGACUCCGAAGUGAAAGAUUUCUGGUUGAACAUGCCCAGUCUCACAGCACAGCUACAGAAACAAGCCAAGCAGAACCCCAGCACCUCCUACUUCAACAUCAGUCUCCUCAAGUACCAGGUUUCCACUCUGGACUGUCCGGCUCUUCCCCUGAAAGUUGCUGCUCGUUGGAAAUGUGAGUCCAAUUACACAGAGGUCACCAUGGAUUACGAGUAUGACACACAAACCACGGCGACAGCGCUGAGAAACCUACACGCCCUGGUACCACUGGAAGGGGCUGUCAGUAAUGUCCAGUCUCACCCCACUGCUGUUUGGAAUUCCAAACAGAAGAGGCUGUGGUGGAAGCUCCCAGACAUCUGCAGCCAGUCAGGAACUGAAGGCAAAGGAUUGCUUCGUGCGAGCUGGGAAGUAGCUGAUGGCCCCAGUAAGCCCUCGCCCCUGGCUCUGCAGUUUACGAGCGAGGGCAGCACGUUGUCUGGCGCUGAUAUUUGUCUGCUGGGGGGUGGAUACAGACUCUCACUGGUGAAGAAGAAAUUAGUUACAGGCAAGUACUUUGCCGGAUGCUAGUGCAAGAAUUCUCCCACUGGAUGAAGAUGUGUGUGUGUGUGUGUGUGUGUGGGUGUAGUCGAUUCACUGUGUCCAUCUGGGAAUUGUUUAAGAGAUUCCACUGUUUUGAGUAGUUAUGGACUCUGACGUAUCUAACAGUUUACCUCAAUCACUCUGAUUUGAUCUGUGAUUUUUUUAAACUUCUGUAUCGAGCACGUUUCUCCUGCCAAUGUCCAAAUGGAAAACCUUUCAACCAAACGCCAUCCUGUAUUUUAAGAUUUUGAAUUUGUGUUUCCAUUCCAAGUUUGGUUGUAGGUUGGUCUAAGCUCUUUCCCCAUGAAACUUGCAAAUUGAUACAGAGAGAAGCUGUAAAUGCUCUUAAAUGCCACCCGGCCCUGAUGCAGUUUCCCCCUUGGUCUUGUUGCACUUUGGAACCAAUGGUUCUGAUCCAUCCAUCUGUUGGCUAUUGCAAUAGAAUUCCAAGAUAAUGAGAGUCCCUGCAAUCUUUUUGAUUCGUGGAAGAUUUAACAUUGGGAAUUUUUUUUUUGGAGUUGACUGGAGCUGUGGGUUUAUGUAAAGGUGACUGUGACCUCAGCUCGAGCUCCUUGCCUGAAACUGGUGACUUGAAGAAUGUGAUUGAGACUCGGAGGCACCUUCUCCCCCCGCACCCCCACCGCCUUCCUUUUGGAUUGCCAACUGUAGCCAGACUUCCUAGGGAGAAUUUGCCAGGAGAGGCAUCGGUUUUGAUGAUUGAGCUAUUCCGAAGCUGCUUCAAUCUAGAACAAGGUGUUUUGAACCAAGGACAGAAUUGUCGCGUCUCCAGGAAUGUCUGAAACUAACAGGAAGCCGAUGGGAUGAAUCUGAUUUGCUAUCCGUCCUUAAUUUUCAGAAUUCCUUGGGGUUUUUCUCCCUGUUUUUUGCUGCCGGGGGAUUUGAUUUUUAAUCGCUGAAGGCUCCAGGGCAAUCCCUGGAAUGGUUGGCAAUCUCUAACACCGCGCCCCCACCACCACCACUUUGUGAAGGAGAAGUGAGCUUUGGGUCCAAGGGGAAUUCUGGAUGUCAUUAACUGGACUCUGUGGAAUCAACUGCGGAUUUUCCUUCUUGAUGCUUUUUAAUCAGUGUCAUAUUUUCAUGUUGAACAAUUGUAACCAACAGGAUGAAUUCAAACUCAUCAAAACUAACACUCUAUUCGGUGUGCUGGUAAGGUCCAGUUUGUUUGUCUACCAGGCCAGGUGGGUACUGAGUUCUAGAAAACUUAUCCUUCCUUAACCCAAAGGUGCAGUCAGCUGGGGUUCAUCACCCUGGCCACUAUCCAUUGAUUUCUUUCCGGAAAGUCUGCAUGACUGUACAGUACCUUUUCAGACAGCAUUAAUCUUGGUGUGAUGCCUCAAUAGUUGAAGUCUCAUUACUACUCAUUGCUUUGACCUGUGGGUGAGUGACCAUUGGGGCAAAAUGCAGUGGAAGUAAGUCUGUAUCUGAACUUCAGUGAGAGUCAGUACCUUCAGGAGGGGAGGGGAUGGGGGGAAGGGGGACCU